AUGUCCCGUAGCGCAAAAACUUCGUCCGCACACCCAUUUUUGCAUUUACCUGGUGGUGGUAGAGUAAAACGAUUAGAAAAGUCACCCUCUAAAGCUUCUGAUUCGCAAAUAAUAAUAGCUAUCUCACCAACAACCCAAGAUUUUAACAUUGCGGAAUUCUCUUCACGUAUUAAUCAAUACGUGUCGGAGCAUAGUGUCGAUGCGAGUACUAGUGUAAAUAGUCGUGUGUAUCCGUUUUUGCAAUUACCUGGUAGAAUAAUACCACCUUCAAAUGAGUCAACAACCUUAACGAAUGCCAGUGAUGCUUUUAAAAUACUUGAAGAUGAACUAAAAGAGGAGUAUAAACUGCUGUCGGAAUUGGAAGAAUCUUUCGAAAAACAAUUGAGAGAUUUAGCAGAAGAGGAGGAUAUUCUCAAAACUAUACUUGCGGAUAUGUGUGAUGGCUCAGAAGAAACAGUAGAAUCAUUACUUUCGAACCUAAAUCCUGAAGAAUCAUUGUCAGAAAUAAUAUCCAACCUGGAUCAAACCUCUGAGAAUCCUCCGCCGCCGCUUGAUUAUCUUGAUGAUAAUUAUGAUUCAGGAAUCUCUGUUCAUUCUCCCACAAUAGAAGAUACUUUACGUUUCGUAGAUGAUAUACUGAACAAGAUCCCCUCGGGUUCUGAGGAUGCAAGGCGAACAAAUCAGUCUGAUUAA